GUGCUUAAGUGCGGUGUCAAACAGCUUGAGCGCGUAGCUAUCAUGGCAGCGGCCUCGGCGGAAGAUGAUCUAAACGCCCCAGGAACUGUUGAACAAAUCGCUGGUAACGCAGCCCAUCCUGCCACAUGGCGAAGCACCACGCCUGGGUGA